AUGGAUGAUGGCAGAACUACGGCCGAGCUCGGAAACUACUUCAGUCCUCCCUCGAAAGUCACUCAGGAGGAGGAGAGGAGGACAAAGGGCCUUACUGGGCAGAAGAUAUCUCCAACGGAAUCUAUCAACCCAGUGCCCAAACCCAGGCGCACCUUCCAGCACCCGUCCCACAGCGGGACCCUGCCCAGAGGCCCGAGGCACCUGCCGCCCCUGCCCUCCCAUAAGACCUGUGCCCCCCGCUGUCCCGGAGAAGUACAGGAUGAAGAGACUGAGACCGCUCCCAGGAAGUCAUUGGAACCAGAGCACACAAGGUCGCUGCUCCCUCGGGCUCGGCCUCCGGAGCACCACUACGAAGACAUAUUAGAUAAAGAAAACCCUUAUGAAGACAUAGAGCUGGAGAGUUCCUGCUCCCAGCAGUCACUGGCCUCUUCUCCUGGAGCUGACACCAACAAGACGCUGAGAGCCGGUUUCUUCAGACAGAGCUCCAGCCAGAGUUUGGGGACUCAUCAUCUCCGCAGUGCUCAGCCGUGUGUGAGCAGCAAAAGUACAAGAGGAGCCACAUCCAAUCCUCAGCUCAGCCCCCCCACGCCCAGGACCCCCAGGAGCCCAAAGCCAAACUCACGACCCCACUGUGACACCUCCAACAGCCGCACCUGCCAGAGGACGCCCACCGUUGUACUGAGGAUCAACAGUAUCUUUGAAGCUCGAAUUGGUAAAAAGCACUUGAGAAGGAUCUAUCAUUAUGCUGAGAGCAGUUCUGGUCGAGUUACAGAUGACAGUACCUCUGAGAGCGAGCUUGAAGACAGAGCCAAAGCUCAUCGUCAGCGCCUCGUGUCGGCCAAGUCCAUCCUGAGCCGCCCCAGCCAAAGCUCCGCCUGCAGGGCCCCUGUGGAGCACCAGCGCAGGCUCUUCGAGUACUUUGUGGUCGUGUCUCUGCAAAAGUCCAAGUCCAGUGGCCUUUAUCAGCCGGAGGUCACGCAGCAGUUCCCCCCAAAGCUGGAGCAAAGUUUCAAAGUCAUACGAGAAAGUGAGAAUCAGCUUCGGAGUAUCCCUCUCUUCUGCUUCCCUGAUGCUACAGACUGGGAACCGGUGGACCAUUAUCCAAGUGAAAUGUUCUCUUUUGUUUUGACUGGAGUGGACGGGAGCAGGAGGUUCGGAUACUGCCGCAGAUUACUCCCCACUGGAAAAGGAAAACGUCUUCCUGAAGUCUACUGUAUUAUUAGUCAUCUUGGCUGCUUCAACCUGUUUUCAAAGGUGCUGGAUGAGGUGGAAAGGAGGAGAGCCCUGUCUCCAGCUUUAGUGCAGCCUUUCAUGAGGGCCAUCCUGGAAGCUCAGUGCCCUGCUCCAGGGAAAAGCCUCACCAUCAGGACCUUCCUCCCAGGCUCUGGAACUGAGUAUCCUCACCAACAUUCAGUGUUAGUGUUUCCAUGA